AUGAGCAUGAUGAUUGACGAGGGCGGGAUUUUGCCCGCCCAACAUGUCGCAUGCGGCAUGACAAAUACCUAUGAGGCUUGCCCACCAGUCGCUUCUUGCAUCUAUAUCCACUUCGCUCCCCCAGCUAGCGUGCUAGUCGCACCUUCCGAACCCCGCUUCGGUGUUUAUGUCCGGACUCCGGACCCCGCUGACAGACACGGAUACAUAUCAACGAGUCGACGGUUAGUCCAGUGUUCUCUUCCCCCGGAGCCUGGACCCUGGUUCGGUCGUCGAACUCGCCACAUGGUACAACGUCAGGACCGGGAGCCAGGGAACUCCGUAAUCCGGAACCAAAAAUCGGCUUGUAAACCGGGAGAGGGGCCGGUCCACCGUCCGCCGGGAUCUGAACGGAAUGGCUCCGUCGACUUGACUCGCCUUCGGAGCUACCAGUGGUCCAGUGCCCAAUGCCUGAACCGAACGCCACGAAUUGAUCCGACGGCCCAUGAAACGACCGUGGUGAUACCCUCAUCACUCAUUCGCUCUCAAAACCCGCACCAACCCCGCCUCGUGGGCCUCGUCCACGAUCCAACCCGCAACCCAACUCUGGGACAACAUGGUCCCCUCGACCCGACAUGCUUCGCCCUGCCAACACACCACCCACUAUCGCGACAAGGAUAG